AUGAAGGACCAGCGAGUGAUCGCUGACAAUGCGUCGGCGACCGCGGCCAACAACGGCCGGCAGGUGGAACUGAGCGCCAAGAACAAGGCCGAGACGAGCUUCACUAAAAUCUCCCUCCUCGACAUCUGCCUCGAAGACAACCCCUACCUCCGAAGUGGGUACCGAGAGAUGGGCAAGGAGGACGCUUGCGCGUGCGUGUGCUCGGCCUUCGCGCUCCACAACGAAACUGUAAAUAUCUGGACGCACGGUCUGGCAUUUUUGAUGUUCGCUGGUCUCGUGCUCGAGAACCUCCUCUCCACCGCCAACAUGCCCUUCUACGACCGCACGUUCUAUCACGUGUUCCGCAACCACUCGGUCCGGGCCUACGCCAACUGGCUCAUCGCAGAUAUCAAUGGCGUCGGCCUGUAUAUUUUUGGUUCGGUGCUGCUGGUGGCCUAUUUUCGAUUCUGGUGCCACGACGUGCACCGAUGGACCUACAUGACUCUUGAUGUGAUGCUCUAUUUGUCAUUUUCGUAUCGAUGCCGGCCAUCGUCAAGUACCUGGCUGUUCGGUCUUCUCUCCAUCCUCGGCCUGUGGGCCCACAUCCACGCCGACAUCCGCGACGGGUUCUUCGAGUGGAACACGGUGAGCAGAAACCUCAAGCUGGUGUGGGUGGCCGUCUGCGUGAUCGGCUCCAUGGUCAUCCGCAACAAGAAGGUCCCGGAGAGGUGGUACCCCGGCCGAUUCGACAUCUUUUUUGCGUCGCAUCAAAUCUUCCACGUCCUGGUGUGGCUCGGCAUGUGCAUCCUCUACUCCGUCUUCUACUCCGAGUUCGGCCCGACCAGUCUCACCGCCGACAACGGCCGCACCUGUCCCACUUCUCUGUCGCUUUGA